GAAGCCCCGCCCUCCGGCUCUGAGCGCGCGCGGCUCCGGCGGCAGGAUCCGCAGAAAGAGUUUGUGAGGCGGCCCCGGUGUGAGCCCGAGCUCGUGAGGAUGUCGCGGCUGCUUGAGAACCGGAAACAGGACAGAAUGAAGGAGGUCCUCUUAAAGAACAAGGAGAAGGAGCGUCUGAAGGAGAGGGAGAAGGAGGCCAGAGAGCGAGAGGCCCGGUCCAGCAGCGGACACCUCUUCACGUCCCUGAGCGUGUCGGCCACCACCCUCUGCUCCUCCUGUAACCGGAGCAUCACGGCCAAGGAGGCCCUCAGCUGCCCAGCCUGUAAUGUUACCAUCCACAACCGCUGCAGAGACAGCCUGGCCAGCUGUGCCAAGAUGAAGCAGAAGCAACAGAAACUGGCAUUGAUGAGGAACAAUUCAGCUCUGCAGAACGUCGCCCUCCGGACCAAGACACCAAUAAUGAAGGAGCGUCCAAGCUCGGCCAUCUACCCGUCUGAGAGUCUUCGCCAGUCUCUGCUCGGGUCCAGACGGGUUCGGCCCAGCCUCUCGCUGGCAAAAAGUGUUUCCACCAACAACAUUGCAGGGGGAACCGAUGAUUCUGUGGGUCUCAGGAGGAUUCUGUCCCAGUCCACAGAGUCUCUGAACUUCAGGAGCAGGACUCUGUCCAUGGAGUCCCUCACAGAUGACGGUGAGUGGUGGUGGAGCCCCCUGCUGGAGGAGCUGCAGGAGGAGGGCAGGAGCAUUCAAGCCGACAGCUGGAGUCUGGCUGUGGAGCCUCACUUUCUGCAGACACUACACAAGGACGUCAUCAAGCAACAGGACGUGAUCUAUGAGUUGAUCCAGACCGAGUUCCACCACGUCCGAACCUUGCGUAUCAUGGAGGGCGUGUACCGGCGAGGGAUGCUGGACGACGUGAUGCUGGAGGCGGCUGUCGUCCACACCAUCUUCCCCUGCUUGGACCAACUGCUGGAGCUCCACUCCAGCUUCCUGUCGGAGCUGCUGAAGAGGAGGAGCGAGGGCCUGCAGGACGGAAGCUCCACCAACUUCACCGUCUGCAGGCUGGGAGAUCUGCUCCUGCGACAGUUUUCUGGCCAGCCUGCUGAAGACAUGAAGAAACUUUACUCUGAGUUUUGCAGUCGACACCCAAAAGCUGUGAAACUUUACAAGGAGGUUCUGAGUCGAGACCGAAGACUGCAGCAGUUCGUCAGGCGGGUUUGUCGUGGUCCUCUGCUGCGCCGUCAUGGAGUCCAGGAGUGCAUCCUGCUGGUGACGCAGCGGAUCACAAAGUAUCCCGUCUUGAUCCAACGAGUCCUGGACAACACCAAAGGGAGCAAGGAGGAGGAGCAAGCGCUGAAGAAGGCUUUGCAGCUCCUGAAGGAGCUGAUCAGCUCUGUGGAUCAGGAGGUGCUCGAGCUGGACAGAACUAGGAGGCUGCAAGAGAUCCAAGCCCGUCUGGACCCUCGGGCCCUGGCAGAAGUCCAGGAAGGAGGAGUGUUCCGAGCGGGGGAACUUCUGAGGAGAAAACUCCUCCAUGAGGGACCACUUCUCUGGAAGGUCCAGGGCUCCAGGAUGAAAGAUGUUCAGGUUCUGCUGAUGUCAGACAUCCUGGUCUUCCUUCAGGAGAAAGACCAGAAGUUCACCUUUGCUGCUCUGGACAAGUCUCCAGUGGUCUCCCUGAAUAACCUGAUUGUUCGAGACAUAGCCAAUCAGGAGCGAGGGAUGUACCUGAUCAGUGCCUCCACCCCUCCUGAGAUGUACGAGCUGUAUGCGUCAUCAAAGGAAGAUCGCAAGACCUGGAUGAGUCGCAUCCAGCAAGCUGCUGUCAGCUGUCCUUCCAGAGUGGAGUUUCCUCUCAUUGAGACCGAAGACAAAGCUUUACUGCGCCGGCUGAGAGCCGACAUCCAGCAGAAGGACAAAGAGGUGAUGGAGCUCCUGCAAGAGCGUGUCACUUUGUUUUCUGACCUUGUGGAGGCGACGGCUCGAGGAGAAGCAGAAAAGGAGGGCGGGGUGCAGGUCAGGACCUCCUGCAGCAGAAACCUGUUCAGAGCGGACACUCCCUGUGCCGCCAAGGCCGAGCCGCUCCUCCUGGCUGCCAUCUGUCAAGUCGACAGGCUGACGGCCCUGCUGCUGGACUCCAGCACCCAGAGGUCCCCUGUUCCCAACCAAGACUUCAGCAAUGGCGACUCUGGAUCUUUAAAUGGUUCGUUUAAACUGACUAACAGUUCUGCAAAGGACAACAAUGGCAACCAGCUGCAGGAGCGCGCCCUGAAUGAGGAAGUGCGGCACCAGCUGGUUGGUCUGAGCACGCUCCUUCACGCUCUGCAGGCUGCUGUUAUUCGUCAGGACUCUAUCCUGGAGCUGUCCUUUAGUGUGUCUGUCCCCUCCUCUGCCCCUCCUGGCUCCGCCCCCGGUCCUACUCUCUCGGUGACACGUGACGCAGGCCUGGAUCCAAACGGAGAGGUGGUGCUGCUGCAGCGACAGGUGGAGCUUCUGCAGGAGGAACUAACGCGCUUGCGUCAGAAAGGGGUGGACUUAAGCAAGAAGGGGGCGGGGUCAGGGAAGAAAAAGAAGAAAGGAAAGAAAGACAAAUCUGAUCCGUCUAAGGCAGAGGAGGUCAGUAAGGAGCUGGAGCCCCACCCACUGGCUCCACUCGCCACAGAGGAUCCUGUUGACCAAUUAGAUGGUCUCCAUGAAGAAAAUGAGGACGACAAGGAGGAAGUGAUGAAGAUCUCUCCCCGCUCUGACAGCCCAAGAGACCUGCAAGACAUCCCAGAGGAGAGCGAGAGCUAACCACACCCCCAGAUGGAUGGACCUCAGAUCCUCCUGUGAUGUCAGAGCCCCCACUUACCCACCGUUAGACUCUGCUGCUCUACAGUCUUCAGUGUGUGUGUGUGUGGGGGGGGGGGGUCAUUCAGUUUUAUCUUUGGAUGUAAAACUGCUGUUUGUAUAAUUAUGCUGGGGGGGGGGGGCAGCUGCACGGCUGUGGAUGUGGGGUGUAAACAGAUCAAACCACAGAGGAUGGUUUAAACCAAAAAAGUUUAAAGCCCCCCGCACACACACACUACGUUACCCAGAAUGCAACUGGUCCUGGAAACAUCUGUCAUGGAGCUCAUCCGGUGCACAUUAAAGGUUUCCGAUCCUCUGAACUGUUCUACGGAAACUUUGUGGACUUCAGGAUGUCACCACGUCUGUGAGGGGGGUGGGGGCUGUUUGGUGUCGUACCGUGAGCAGCAUGGCUGCAACGCUGUUAGCAUGUUAGCAUGGCUUUGUUUUUAUACUGAUACAGGAAAAGAACUGGUUAGUGGGACCUCCUGCAGCUCAGCUGUUAUGAAUGACGAAGGAGGAGCUUCAGCGGAGACACGCCCACAUAUGUGACUUUGCUUUUUAUGUGCAGCGACUGCAUCAAACCAAAAAGACCUGCAGGACAGAACACGUGAGAACCUGCUCACCUGCUGUCCAACCUGGACCUUCAGCAUUUCCAGAGCAGAAACUGCAGCCUUUCAAUGUACAGAUAGAAGUCAACCCUGACUGUUUCCAUCAAUAAUGCAGCUUCAACACCCUUCAGGCUGUCCUGGAACCUGCAGAAACAUUUCAUAUUUAACAGGCUGCGGAGCAGUGUGCUGUCUGCUCCAUACCUCACAGCCAGAAGCCGCUGGUUUGAAUCCCGGCUGGGACCUUUCUGCGUGGAGUUUGCAUGUCCUCCUGCAUCGUGGGUUUCUGCCACAGUCUAAACGCCUGCUUUAGGUUGGACUCUAAGUAGUUCUUCACAUGUGUGAUGGAGCCCUGACCCCAGCGUGACCUUCUCCCUGGGGGGGCUGGACACGCCCCCAGCAUGCCCGUGGUCCCGCUCAGGAACACGGGACGGAUGUUUCAUAGUUUUACUGCUGAACUGAAUUUUGUUCAUCUAUUGAUUCCUGCUGUACGUGUGUGUUCAUAUAAAUCAAAUUUGCUUCCUUUCA